AUGGCUGGGACAAGGGAGCUCCAGUGCCAGAUCCGCCAGGAAAUGGCGAGCAGGAUGGAGAAGGAGCUCGCAUCACCUCCAGAGCGCUGGGGGGAUUGUGAAGUUAUGAUCGACAUCAAUGAGCUUGCUGCCGAGCACGGUAAAGUUUUGAGGAUCUUUCCUUGUUUCUCUCUUCUUCCUAAUUACACAAGUGUAGGCCAUGCGCAGCUUGGAGUUUUUAAGCUAUCCAGAGACCACAAACUGUUAGCAUACACGAUCGACUUGGGUGGCAACGAGAUGUUCACAUUGUUUAUCAAAGACUUGGAAACUGAUAGCCUCCUCCUGGAGCACAAAACCGAUGGUGUAGUAAGUGUGCAGUGGGUUUUGUUGUGGAACUUGCGAUCUAAAGAUGAUGACAUUGCAAUUUAUCACGACGACAAUCCAAAGAACUUUGUUGAUGUUACAAGAACCAAAAACUGGCAGUACGUUUUGAUUAAUGUCAACUCAAAGACGUCCUCUGAGGUAAUUGCGUUUCACAAAUGUGUUGCUCGAGCCUCUACAGGACAGAUUUUUCUGGUAGAUCCGAAAACUUCAGCCACAACAUUGUGGAAAGUUGCAGAUAGAGUUGAUGGCAUCCAGUAUUUCGUGGAACACCAUGAAGAGCACCUGUAUAUUCUUACCAAUUUUUUGGGCGACAAGAAGCUAGCGUCGCUAGGAAACAACUAUCGGCUUGUCCGCUGCAAGACAGAUAGCUUGACCUCGAAGGCGUGGGAGGAGGUUGUCCCAGUCGAGAGCGAAAAUUGGAUAGAGGAUAUGGAUAUUUUUGCGAAGCAUUUGAUCUUAUACAGACGACAAAAUGGUCUUCCCAUUGUGCAUGUUUUCAACCUGGAUAGCCUGAAAACUCCUCCUUGGACUGUAAACCUUCCCUCCGGGAUAACAGUUCUUACUCCUGGAGCAAACUGUGACUUCAAUUCGUCUACUCUACGGCUGUCGAUAUCUUCACUGGUGAUUGGGCAUGUAACGAAAUCUGGAGAAAUAGCGGGGCCACGUACAUUGGAGCACAUGGUUGAUGUUUGUCUUCACUCGGAGGGAGACCGUCUUUUGUCUCAACGGCUUCUAAGAUCACUAAAAAAUCGCUUCGCUUCUACGAAAGAGGUCGGCGUGUUUGAGAUGGUCGACAACGGUUUACGAGCGGUAGAAAAUCCCAGUUUGAAGUUUCUUUCUGAUAGAACUGGGGAGGACACUAAUGCAUCAGCCACCGUUGGGGUGGCUUUGGAAGGAUCUCGGCCGCUGCUGGUUGAAAUCCAGCUUUCCAGGUUCAACGAGAGACCGGUGGUAGAUUCUUUGGAAUUUCCCGAGUUUCGAGUGAGCUGGACUGCCAAGAACAGUUUCUCUGACUUGCCAUGAUCUGACUUUAAAACCGAGAAGCGUAUCUGACAACGAUCAAAAGCUAAAGUUUUCUCCGGCAUGAACGCGCGUUUUGCAGGU